AUUACAUUCUUACGCUGGCACAGAGCAGCCUCACUCACUCAUUACAUUCUUAUGCUGGCACAGAGCAGCCUCACUCACUCAUUACAUUCUUACGCUGGCACAGAGCAGCCUCACUCACUCAUUACAUUCUUACGCUGGCACAGAGCAGCCUCACUCACUCAUUACAUUCUUACGCUGGCACAGAGCAGCCUCACUCACUCAUUACAUUCUUAUGCUGGCACAGAGCAGCCUCACUCACUCAUUACAUACUUACGCUGGCACAGAGCAGCCUCACUCACUCAUUACAUUCUUACGCUGGCACAGAGCAGCCUCACUCACUCAUUACAUUCUUACGCUGGCACAGAGCAGCCUAACUCACUCAUUACAUUCUUACGCUGGCACAGAGCAGCCUCACUCACUCAUUACAUACUUACGCUGGCACAGAGCAGCCUCACUCACUCAUUACAUUCUUACGCUGGCACAGAGCAGCCUCACUCACUCAUUACAUACUUACGCUGGCACAGAGCAGCCUCACUCACUCAUUACAUUCUUACGCUGGCACAGAGCAGCCUCACUCACUCAUUACAUACUUACGCUGGCACAGAGCAGCCUCACUCACUCAUUACAUACUUACGCUGGCACAGAGCAGCCUCACUCACUCAUUACAUUCUUACGCUGGCACAGAGCAGCCUCACUCACUCAUUACAUUCUUACGCUGGCACAGAGCAGCCUCACUCACUCAUUACAUACUUACGCUGGCACAGAGCAGCCUCACUCACUCAUUACAUUCUUACGCUGGCACAGAGCAGCCUCACUCACUCAUUACAUACUUACGCUGGCACAGAGCAGCCUCACUCACUCAUUACAUUCUUACGCUGGCAUAAAACAUCCAACCAUCUGUGUAGUGUUUAUGUUGCUUCCUCGUCCACUUUUGAAAAACUGUCAUACUCUGUAAAAGGAAAAUAUAAAUACUAAUUUUAAUAAAAGGGAAUGUUAAUAAUUCUGUUUUAAUUAGGUGCUGCUAAUUUUAGGCAGACUGAGCGUACCAUAUGGUCUCUUUCGUUACCCACAGGUUGUAACAAGGUACAGGUAAGGGCUGCACAUAAAACUGCAGCAUGUUCCAGGAUACAGCUCAAUAUGGUAUUGGAUUUUACCCAAGCUCAGGACAUAAAAAUUGAAUUCGCUAUUAGUAUCCUUAGAUCACCUCCUGAUAACUGGCAGAAUUCUGUACAGAAACAGACAAGCACAGUGACAGAAAUCAGAAUCCGCUCUAAAGAAAGGAUAAAGAAAGUCAUACAGACAAUCACUCACUGUGAUGGCUGCUUUCCCUGCUACAAUUCAUCAUCUGAGCCUUGGAUCUCUUUGAUGGACACGCACACAAGAGACUGCUUCUCAUUCACAUCAGUUCCCCUCCCAGUGG